AAAAAUCCAAAAUGUCGGCGUUCUUCUAUACAUAUCAUCGAAAGCUCCACUGUUUAAAUGUAGAUGACUACGUGGUGGAAAAUGGAAAACAGCUGAAAAAGAUCGCAUCGGAUCUUUGUGGGGGUAUACCAGAACAAGACUUGUCUGUGAUCCAUAAUGGCCAUCUUGUCACUGAUGACAGAGAACUGCUACUUCAAGAUGGAGACGUGUGCUAUGCUAGUCUGCUUCUACCGGGUGGAAAGGGAGGGUUUGGUUCCAUGUUACGCGCCAUCGGAGCACAGAUUGAGAAGACCACAAAUAGAGAAGCAUGCCGAGAUCUGAGUGGAAGACGAAUGAGAGACAUAAAUGACGAAAAAAAGAUUGCUGAAUGGGUUUCUAAACAAGCUGAAAGAGAGCGAGAGAAGGAACAGAAGAAACAGGAGAGGUUAGCAAGAAGAAGAUCAAUGCCAAAACACAUGUUUGAUGAUAAGACAUACACACAGAAUAUUCAGCAAAAUUCAGAGAGAAUAGAAGCUGCACUGCAUCAAGGGCUUAAAGCAGCUGGCAGUUCAAGAUCAUCAGGUGCUUCAAGCACUUCAGAGAAGGCAGCUGGAAAAAGAGUUCAUCCAGGGGAUCCUACAAUUUCAGGAGGAGGGAAAAAAAGUAGAUUGUGGCUGGGAAUGGAAGACCUGUCAGACAGUGGUGAUGAUGAAGAAGGGAUGGCUCCUGUCAGAAGCAACGAUAAUGAAGAUCCAAGCAGGCACACAUGCACUUCAACUGGUGUGUCUUGUAGCAGCACUCAAGCAGAGGUUGCAGUCCCUGAAGAGGCUUCAGACAACAGACAUUGUGUAGACACAGAUUGUAAGAUAGCAAAGCCACCUGCACAGCCAUCAGAAACAAAUGCUGAGUCACAGAAAGAAGACACAAAGACAGAGCAUAUUAGAGCAGCUGUCGCUAAUACAAAAGAUCAGAGAGAAGAUUUUCAGGAAAAAGAUGGAAUGACAGAAACAGUUACCAGAGGAGAAGAAGACAAUAAAGCUACUGAAGAAGAGACCAUUAUAAAGGUUGAGUUUUGCCUUGAUAGCUACUCAUCAGCAGAGGAGCUUGAAUCCCUAGGAUUGGAACAUCUGAAGGAGGAACUAAUGUCAAGGGGGCUCAAGUGUGGAGGGACAUUACAGCAGAGGGCUCAAAGGCUGUUUGCUACAAAAGGAGUCCCCAUGGAUCAACUGGAUCCCUCUUUUUUUGCCAAGUCAACAGGUGGCAAAAAGUCUAAUGGGAAAAAGUAACAUGUAAAAGAGAACUGCGCCUGGAAUUCUGUUCUUAGUUAUAAUCCUGUCAAGUUCUUAGCAUGGUAUUUUGUUUAUCUUGCAGUUGCAAGGCAAUUGUAUAAAAGGUUUAAAAGGUUUAACAGCCAUGAAGAAGUUACAUUAUGUUUUACAACAGAACUAAUUGAUUUCGAAAUGUAUUUAACGUUUACAAUACUUCAGUGUUUUCCUAAUAAUGUUAUGUUCGUUACUUGAAUUUUACAUUGUAUUUUCAUUGCUAUUACAUGAAAAAAUUAAUGAUGCUGUCACUUUUAAGUGCCUUAAUCAAACCAUUUAAGGGGGCAUGUAAAACCCCAAAUAAACAUGACAAAACAAA